UGCUACUGCUACUACUCACUACUUACUACUACUACUUCUGCAGCUCCAGGCGAUGAUGCCUCUGCCUCUGCUGAUUGUCACUGAUUGAUUGCUGGCUGGCUGGGUGGCUAUGGUGUUGCUGUGCUUGCGAUUGUGCAUCUAUCUCCACACGGCACUCUCAUAGUCUAGGCCCCGAUCUGCUCCCUCCGUAUCCCACCUUUAGGUCUACUAUGCACGCCUAGGGGCCCAUUUUGAACCUGGGCUCGUCGGUUAUGGUGCUCUGUAUAUAGUAGGAUCCCAAGGCUACGGUGCUGUUGAUUAAUGGCGUGGGACUUGUGAAACGCGGGGGGUGGGGUGUGGGGGUGGGGGGAGAGGUAUUUUCGGGUUAUUGUGUUUGGCUUGUUGCAUUUUGGGGCUUCUGUAGGAGGGCAGCUGCGAGCGAGGGAGAGUGUGACAGAGAGAGACAGAGUCAGAGAUAUUUGUUUGUUUUUUUGUUAGAGCUUUCGAGCUGGGUUAGGGGUAUGGACACACGGAGUAGGAAGUUCAGGUUGAUGAAUCCAUUCAAGCAUUAUGAGGUGAGCGGUGGUAGGGAUGGGAGCUCGAAAAGCGGUUCUAGUUGGCCAAUGAGGUACUCUAUUUCCCCCCCGGAUAGUGCGAAGUUCACCCCAAAAAUACACAAGAUGUCGCCACCUCCGAAGAAAAAGCUGGCUAUCAAAUGCUGCGUGUUGUUCCUCAUCGUGCUCUUCACAAGGUGGGCGUGUCCCAGCUCUGGGGUGCCUCUUUCCUUGCACCAAUUGAUGCUUCAAUCGGAGAGUUGUCAGGGAAGGAGAGUACACAUGUACGACAUUCCGCCAAGCUUCAACACUGCUCUACUUCAAUUCUGCGAAGGGGGAUUAGUGCAUUGGAUUAAGUUCUGUAAACACUACCAGAAUCACGGAUUUGGAGAGCGAGUUAUGGCCAGUGCUUCCAUGUUUCGCGACGAUUGGUAUCGCACUGAUGCAUACAUGCUGGAGGUUAUAUUUUUCGAGAGAAUGAAGUCCUAUCAAUGUUUGACGGACUCACCAGUCAAUGCCGACAUAUUUUAUGUGCCAUUCUUCGCUGGUCUGGACGCGUUGCCUUACCUGUAUAACGAGUCGAUGAGGUUGCAACAGCAAGGUCUGGAGCUUCUUGAUUGGUUGCGUCAAAAUGCUACGGAGUCUUGGAGGCGGUAUGGAGGCCAAGAUCAUUUCAUGAUCGCUGGCAGAACGGCCUGGGAUUUUGCGCAUCCGGAGGAAGGCGGCAAGGAUUGGGGCACGUCCUUAUUUGAUUUGGAUGCAAUGAAGCAUGUUACGUUCAUGGUCCUAGAGCGUCGUCCAUGGCGGCCAAACGAGCAAGCUAUCCCAUAUCCAGUGGGUUUCCACCCAUCUUCCUCCGCUAGCCUUGAGCUUUGGAUCCAUAGAGUGCGGGAUACAAAGCGCACUGCAUUAUUCUCGUUCUCUGGGGCUCUAAGGCCGGGCCAGGUGGGAAGCAUUCGUGACCAGUUAUCACAGCAAUGUGCCAAUGCAUCAACCAAGUGCUCAAGACUUGAUUGCGCUACAAUCAAGUGCAGUCACAACCCAGAGCCAAUUUAUGAUAGUCUUCUACAGGCAGAUUUUUGCUUGCAGCCCAGAGGGGACACUGCAACCCGCCGAUCAACAAUCGAUUCUAUCGUUUCAGGCUGCAUUCCUGUCCUUUUCCACAAAGACACGGCUGAAACUCAAUACACCUGGCACCUUCCUUCCGACCUUGACACUUAUUCUGUCUUCAUUCCGGAAGAUUGUGUAAUGAAUGGCACAUGCAUCGUUAAGGAUAGCUUGAAGCAGAUUACUCCAGCUCAAGUACGUAAGAUGCGCGAGAAGCUCAUCUCCAUGAUUCCCAAUGUAUUGUACAGAUAUCCUUCUGGUACUGAUUUUGCACAAACAGUGACCGAUGCAUUUGACCUCGCCAUUGAGGGUAUGCGUCAGAAAGUAGAUUCAUUGAAGGCAUCGCAGUAAGGCAGGAGAAUCGUCGUGCAUUGCACUCGAGUUCAUGUCAUUGCCUUAAUUGCCUCUUGGAGCAAAGAGGCAAAGGUGUCUUCGCCAGUGCAGACCAUUGUGAUACGCUUGAUGACAAGGUUCUGCAUUACGCGAAGACACCCCAUCGUAUAAACGAGUUGACAGGAGGCAUAGAACAGUAUGGGUGAAAGCUCGUAAGUGAAGGAACUAAAGUUUUUUUUUGUAGUUGGCUCAUAAGUCGGUACUUUCUGAACUAGGUAUUAGAGAAUUCAUAAACGCUGAAGAAGUCUCAAGCUGAUAUUCUAUUGUAUAUAAAUUUGGAACUUCACACUUAGCGUUUUCGUUAAGUCCUAGCCCUGUGCAAGAUUUGUGCCAUUCAAUAUACAGACGUGCUCUCCUCUUUCCUGCCCAAACUGUUCAAUGUCUUCCUUGCUGAUAGAACUAGGCUAUGCACCCUGUUUUUGGAACUUCUACUGGAGAGGUGUACACACCCAUCUCUGGCGUACAUGUUUCUCUGGGUAUUGCAAUGAAACAGACUUGGAGACAA